UGCGUGCCGCCCGGUUCUGCGGCUCCGAGGGUUUGCAAGUUAGCGGUUGGAGGGGUCCCGCCCGGGUUCGGUGUCCUUCGCGCCUCCUCGCGCGCUUCCCGGUCCGCGCUGUGCCGCCUCCCGCCCUCGGGCAGCGUGCGGAGCUCUCGAAGUACCCUGGAAGGCCUGAGAAGACUUAAGAAGAUACAGAAGGUAGAGGAAAAAAGGAACCUUUUAAGUUUUUCUGGCCCUAAAUGGCAGAAUCAAGAAAGCCUCCUUCGGCCCCCUCUUCACCAGACCAGACUCCUGAAGAAGACCUUGUCAUUGUCAAGAUAGAGGAAGAUCAUGGUUGGGAUGAGGAAUCUAGUGUGCGUGAAAGUAACACUCCUGGCCAAGAACUGUUUCGCCUCCGCUUCAGGCAGCUCUGCUACCAGGAGACAUUAGGCCCCCGGGAAGCUCUGAUCCAGCUCCGUGCACUUUGCCAUCAGUGGCUGCGGCCAGACUUGAACAGCAAAGAGCAGAUCCUGGAGCUGUUGGUGCUGGAGCAGUUCCUGACCAUCCUGCCGGAGGAGCUGCAGGCGCUGGCUAAGGAGCACCACUUAGAGAAUGGUGAGGAGGUGGUGACCCUGCUGGAGGACUUGGAAAGGCAGAUUAAUGUCCUAGGACAACCAGUCUCCGCUCAUAAACAUGGGCGCAGAGUACUCUGGGAGGAAGUCGUGCCUUCAGAAUCUGCACCAGAACCUCCAAGUAUUAAGAUCCAACCCGUGGCAAUCAUGCAUAAAUCUACAGUGUCCCAGAAGCCAAAGGACAGAGAGAAGCCAGAUUUCACUUACAAAGCCAUGUCUACUCCUCAGAGUCCUACUCCUUCCCAGAAAGGAAGUUCUGGAGAUCAGGAAGUGACAGCUAGACUUCUUACUGCAGGGUUCCAGACCCCAAAUGAGGGUCUUGUUUUGUUUCAGACUUUGGAAAAGAUCGAAGACAUGGCUGUGUCUCUCAUUCGAGAGGAGUGGCUUCUUGAUCCAUCACAGAAGGAUCUGAAUAGAGAUAACAGGCCUGAGAAGUACAGAAACAUGUUCUCCCUGGAUGGUGAGACCAGAAAUGAGAACAAGGAACUAUUUUCAAAACAGGUAAUAUCUACUGGAAUCCAGCUACAUGGAGAGGCACCUGCCAAGUGCAACGGGGAUGUUACCGUGGGUCUUGCACAUGGAGAAGCCCGAGACCUUCUGGGCAGAUUAGAGAGGCAGCAGGGAAAGCCCACACAGGAGAGACGACAUAAAUGUGAUGAAUGUGGGAAAAGCUUUGCUCAGAACUCAGGCCUUGUUCGCCACUGGAGAAUCCACACUGGAGAGAAACCCUAUCAGUGUAAUGUGUGUAGUAAAGCCUUCAGUUACAGGUCAGCCCUUCUUUCCCAUCAGGAUAUCCACAACAAAGUGAAGCGCUAUCACUGCAAGGAAUGUGGUAAGGCCUUCAGUCAGAACACGGGCUUGAUCCUGCACCAGAGAAUCCACACUGGGGAGAAGCCCUAUCAGUGUAAUCAGUGUGGGAAGGCCUUUAGUCAGAGUGCGGGCCUUAUUUUGCACCAGAGAAUCCACAGUGGGGAGAGACCGUAUGAAUGUAAUGAAUGUGGAAAAGCUUUCAGUCAUAGUUCACACCUCAUUGGACAUCAGAGAAUUCACACUGGGGAGAAACCCUAUGAGUGUGAUGAGUGUGGGAAAACCUUCAGGCGGAGCUCACAUCUUAUUGGCCACCAAAGAAGCCACACUGGGGAAAAACCCUACAAAUGCAGUGAGUGUGGGAGGGCCUUCAGUCAGAAGUCAGGCCUUAUUGAACAUCAGAGAAUCCAUACUGGAGAAAGACCCUAUAAAUGUAAAGAAUGUGGGAAAGCUUUCAAUGGGAAUACUGGUCUCAUUCAGCAUCUGAGAAUACAUACAGGGGAGAAGCCCUAUCAAUGCAAUGAGUGUGGGAAAGCCUUCAUUCAGAGAUCGAGUCUCAUUCGACAUCAGAGAAUCCACAGUGGAGAAAAGCCUGAACCCACAGGAGUUUAGGGAAAGCUUUGGUUGUAGUUUGAGCACUAUUCAGCAUUAGCGAAACCAUGUAGUAGUGGAAAGUCUAGUGAAAAGGGGCAGAAUCUGUAGCGGUAACAAAGCUAAGAUUAGCACUUGGGUAGUUUGGGCCCAAUCCCUGCUAUGAACUGUUUAGCUUGACUGUCUUUGGCGGCAUCUGAUAAAGCAAACCUCUAGAAGCUCAAUAUAUUUUUCAGAACUUUAAAAUAAGAACAAAUUCAUUAUUGUGACUUAAAAUGCUAUAUUUUGUCUUUCCCAUGAGUAGCUGUUAAGUUUGAGAGGGGCUCUCCUCCAAGCUUCUCUGUUUCUUCCCAUUUCCUGUGGUCCCUCUCUAUCAUACCUCGGAAGAUGCCCUUGUAAAUCCUAAUCUAAGAAGCUGCUAGAGUCCAAGUCAACCCCAAUAAGACUGAUUUGUAUUUAGCUUUCUAAUACCCUAACUAGAGGGAAAUUGUUGACACUUAAAUUAUUGUACAAUACUCCUAGAUGGAUAGCAAUCCAUAUUUCUCUAUAAAGUCAAUGCUAUAUUUUUAACAGCACGGUAGCAUUUUUCUUUAUUUAGCACCUUUACUGACUUCAUUGAAUCCUAGAGCAUCUGUUCAUAUCCUUUACCACCCCCAGUCUCAGUACCUGUAUCAGCAAAGGAAGUGGACACAUUAAUGAUGGUGGUGGGAGUGAUGGAAAGAAAGAGGUGAAUGGAGACUCAGCCUGACUGUUCUUGAGCAUGCAUAGUUGUACCUCAAGGUGACCUCUGACUCUCCUACCUCCCUACUGUCCUCUGUGGUUUGAAAACUGUUUGCUCCAUCGAAGUUUUGGCUCCACAUAGGAGACAGGAGGUGCUUGAAGACAUUAAAAAUCCUUACAAAGAAUGUUCACCAUCCCUUUUGGCCUGUUAUGGUACUGCUCUGUUUCUUAUCAAUCUAUAUAAACUAGCUAACUACAUGGUCAGCCUAGACCAACCUUUUCAGAUAGCCUCUGCAGCUCCAUCAUUAUCUUCCAUCUGUUUCUUUCAUUUGUGUGUCUUCAGUAUCCCAAAUGGUAGUCUGUCAGAUAUCUCCCUUGUGAGUCCUCAUUCUUGUGAGUUGUGGCACACUCCAUCAGUUAUCUAACAAAGAUACACGAUUGCACCCCUUGUCACCGGGCAUUACACUUCACCUCUGUGGCUCUCAGCAUAACAGGGCAUUGUGCAGAGUCAUGAGACUGCUUUUAAAAUGACACAACAGAAUCUUGUGCAUCUAAAAUGUAGUAUCUUUUCAGUUAAUUAAUUAUGCUUAAUUAUUUAAUAAAUACUUAUUAAAAUACAUAUUCUAAAGUACUAUUAUUCUAGUGGUGCUGUUAGUCCUCCAAAUAUUGGAAACAUUCUUAGAAUUCUCAUUUAAUGAGGAGCAAGAAAACCAUCUGUUACUAUUAUAUUUCAUGUUUCAUCAUUUGAUUAGACAGUGGGCUUGGAGUUAAAUAACUUUUGCCUUGCCUCACACUUAAAAUUAUUCCAGUAAUCUUACUCAAAGUUCAUCAGAGUUCUGAUGAACUCUCCGGGAAAAAAAACAAAAAACUGUGCCCUGAAAAGGAUCUUUUUAGUUUCUUUGGUUAACUUUCUCAGAAUUUUUAUUAUUAUUUAUUUUCUUAUCCUCUUCUGUUUGCUUCUUUCCUUUUAAUGUAAAUUACCAUUCCUAACUUUUCUCUAACACUCUUUAACAACUGAACCAUCAACUCCAGCCCCAAUAACUUUUGUUUGGUUGGUUGUUGUCAUUUUUGUUUGUUUGUUUGUUUGUUUGUUUGUUUGAGACAGGAUUGCCAAAGUUUAAGAAACCAGAAGAAGGUAAAUCUGCCUAUGUCUACACCCUUGCUUCCUGCUUGAGUUGUGCCUUACCUGCUCUGUAUGACAGGAUUUCUGUGUGUCAGUGCUACCUUAUGUGGAAGUUACAUAGGAUGAAAGCAUUGUCAGAGAAGGUAGAUGUCUCUGUGUGUGCAUAUAUGCAUGCCCACUCCUUUCAUAAACUUUUGUGGAGCACCUGCCUUCAUUUCUAAGAAAUUGCCCUUUUUUUAGCAUUUGUACCCAGAGCAAUGUAUACCAGAUUACUUCAGUCUCAGAAUUACUAAGCUUCUGGCAGAAGUCCAGAGAAAAGAAAAUAAUAUGAUUGGGAAGAUUAAUGUUAUACUGGUAUAAAUGUGAAAGGAGGUUUUCAUUUAAAAAUGAGUUAUUGGAGCCACUAUGGCAAGGCAAACCUUUAAUCAUAGCACUCAGGAGACAGAGGCAGAUGGGCCAGCCUGGAUGGUAAUUGGGGCUAGAAAAAUGGCUACAGGUUAAAAUUGCAGACUGUUCUUGCAUAGGACCAUUGCAUUCAGUUCCCAAAACUCAUAUUGGGUGGCUCACAACUUUCAGUAACUCAAGCUCCAGAUGAUCCAAAAUCUGUGGCCUCCACAAGUACCUGUACACAGACAUACAUAAACAAAAUUACAAAUACAAAAUUUAAAUGAAUUAUCAAAGCUAAUUAAGCACAUGUAUAGAAAGAGCCCACUGUUACAGUAUAUGAUAAUAGAAAAGGCUGUGGAAUCUUUGAAGAAAUACAUAGAAGUCACUUUUAGCCUUGAAGUUACCAAGCAUUAAUCAAUCUAUAUGACAUUAUUUAGAGCUCUUAUCUGUCAGUGGCAUUCAUUAAACUUUUAUCCUAUAGAGUCAAAGUUUUCUUUCUGAAAUCUCCCAUCCCCAGCUGCUCACUUUAGGAUAUGGCAUGGUAAAAUGGCUCUUCUCUCACUCACUUGCUGUCAACAUACCACUGGGAGAAACCUCUACAGUUUCAAAAAAUUUCUCCAUGAGGCCAGAUAGGUAUUCAAGAAUGUGGUGGUUGAUUCUAACAUGGACCAGUAUAUAGCUUUGCACUUGUUUCUACAUCUCCAGAAUGAUAGCUAACAUUUUUUGUUUGUUUUUGAGCAGUUGCCAUGAGCCAGACUCUGAGCUAAACAUUUAUCCAACUUAAGAGCUAGUAUCACUAUGUGCUCCACUUUUAGAUGGUAAAACAGAAGACUAGAGAACUAGCUAACAUCACAGAGCCAGAAAAUGACAAGAUUCUACCCUAUACAGAGAUGCUAGAGUGUGAUGACCAAAUUAUUAGACUGGCCAGAUGAAACCAUGGACUUACUGUUGGUCAUAACAGACAAUAGGUAAAGUAACGCACAGUAGUGUGGUUGGAUCCACUGCAGCUAUUGGAAAGUCGGUUUAAAUGCUGUUCGCGGUGAGAACAUCCUUAGACAUUGAUACUGAUUUUUAGUACAAGAAAGGUAAAUUUUGUCAAUAAAACAUGUUUCUUUGUAAACUGGCUAAGGGAAAGAGAAGGGAGUAGAGUCCAGGUUGGCCAAAUGGACAGGUGGCGGUAGUAAGUUCAUCUACAGUCUUAAGAAACCUUGUAUGUAAGCUUCUUGCCCAUUUCACUAUUCACUAUUAUGUGUGUCUUGUAUUUUUCUUGAUUUUUUUAAGAUAUAUUAUUAAUUUUAACCCAUUUCUGCCUUAGCUCUUAAGAUAUUGAUUUUUAUAGUCAGCAUUCCACUAAAAUAUAUGUAGAAUAGCCAGUGGAUAAAGGCUUUUGUUGUUGUUGCCCUUCUUUAUCUCAUUUAUAUUUCAUAAUGUUGAUUUUCCCAAUAUGUAAUGGCUAUUUUUGGUUGUCAUCUUGAGGACUACUAGAUUCUUAGGUCUUUUGUUGGUAGACAGCCAUUGUUGGACUAACUGAACAACAGCUUGUAAGCCAUUCUCAUAAAUCCCAUAUUCAUUCUGUAAGUUCUAUUCUUUUAGAGAACCUGAGUAAUACAGGUUUUCAUACCACAAGUGGUUCUAGAGCAGUAGAAGUAUAAGGAUGAAUUUUUCUUUAAGUAUUUGGAAUAGGCUUUUUACUAACACCUACAGUUACUGAAGCCUCAGAAACUUGAGGUUUACUGAAAGCCCAUGGUUUGAACUAUUUUACAAAUUUAUGGGGACAAAUGCAUUUGAUUAUCCUGAUUGACCAGUUGUGAGAGGCAAGAGAUUUGAUGAGUCUAUAUAAAACUUGACAGUUUGUAGAAAAAAAUAAAAUGAUAAUGCUGGUUAGUUGCUUCUAGCAUCUCUUGAUAAAUUGACAAAGGAAAAGAGUGUACUGCUUGAUAUAAUUAACCAACUUCUAGGAUCUCAGAAUACAGUGAAGAACAACAGUGUACUCAGUGAUAAAAUUGGCCAGCUCCAGAUGCACAUAAACAGUCUAAAGGCUUCUAAGUGCCCUGGAAGAGAAUCCUCCAACAGCCAUAGCUCAGAUUGUAGAAAAUCAAGCCAAAGCCCUCACUACAAGGUUAGCUGAAUUAGUUUAAGUCCCAGGCUCAGAGAGUGUUAGUGGUUAAAGUAGGAACAUUAAUUGAUAAAGAAUAGGAUCCUGUAACUUGGGAUGGAGAUGUGUGGGAAGAUCCUGUUGAAGCUGAGAACUUUGAACCCUCAGAUUCUCACAGGUUUACCUUACCCGAGGGGAUAUCUCUCUGUCCUCAGCAGAAAAUGUACUCCCACCCCUCAUAUAUUGCCUUUUCUGCAUUUGAGAAAAUACAGAAUGGGCAAUAGAGGAAGGUAGUUAUAAGUAUCAGCUAAGACCAUGUGACCAGUUGCAGAAAUAAGGAUUAUAAUUGUCAUGACUGUUUCUGUCAUAUUUUGUUAAGAAUGUGUUUGCACAGAUACUUGUUUUUUCUUUCCUCAAUUUCUUUAUCAUGUAAUAUAAAAUCAAUUAAGAUAUUAAUCUGUAGUUACCAUAGUUAAGUUUUGAAAUACCAAAAGAAUUUCUCUCAAGGGACAUUGUUGUUAUUCUAAAAUGUAUAAUGUGUUUAAUGUUCUACAAGAGAUAGUUUUAUCAUAUUAGGCAUAAAACUGACCAGAUUAAAUACACAGUGCAUUUGCAAUUGUACAUGGGAUAGUUAUAUCAUGUUAGGUGUAAUUAUGACCUGGUUACUAUUUUCACUGGAAAUUAAGCAUGGCAUAAGGAGAUAUGAUUGUGUGUCAAGUUUACAAGGGAUGGACUUAAGAUGGCUCUUCUUGGUUGUCAACUUGACUACAUUUGGAAUUAACUAAGCCCAAACUGGUGGGUACACCUGUGAGGGAUUUUUUAUUUUUCUUAAACCAUUUCACGUGAAAAGACUUACUUUUAAUCUAGAUCCUUUGAGGUUGGAAGAUACACCUUUAGUCUGGGGCCACUUCUGAUGGCAGUCUAUAUAAAGAUAUGAAAGAAGAAAGCUUUUACUUCCUUGCUCUUGCAAGCAAGUCCAUGCCUUCACUAGAAUUAGAGCCUGCUUCUUCAGGGUUCUGACAUCAGCCUCGUGGAAUAAACAACUGCUGGAUUCUUAGGCUUUCCAUUGACAGAAAGUCAUUGUUGGACUUUCUGAACCACAGCCUGUAAGCUACUCUAAUAAAUUCCCUUUCUCUACAAAUAUGUAGAUUUAUUCUGUAAGGUCUGUUCUUUAGAGAACCUUAACUAAUUCACCAUACUUCAAGAAUCCUUUCUUUGUCUCAUGCUAUCUUUUUAGAUCAUUUCUCUUCAAUAUCUGACUUUAUUAGUCUUUUUUUCUCCUCUAUACUAAAAGUAAUCUUCAUAUCCUGCCUUUACUCGCCUUUUCUGUGUCCCUGUUUGUCUUUUUACUUAAUGUAUUUGAGUGACUUCAUAUUCCCCACCUUCUCUGUCAUCUCACAGCUUGGGGAACUUUCCUCAGUUACCUACACAACCAGGUAUUUGAAACCAAAACUUGCCAUUCUUCUCCCUCAGUUUAUAUUGUCUUUUAAAAUAGAUAUCAUUGCUUAAUUGCUGGUACCCUAAAAUAGAAUCAUUGUCUUUCAUGUUUCUCAUCAUAACUUUGACUUAUCUUCAUCUUUUUCUGCCCUCCACACUCCCAGUCUAGAAUCCUGUUGAUCUCACUCAUAUUCUUCUUGAGGCUUGUUUUUGUUGUUGCUUAGGUUUUGUUUUGUAUUUCUACCAUACCCUUAUAGCCUUCUCAUCCUGUAUAGGCUCAAGUUAUUAUAAUUUCUUCUGUUUUCUUUUAGUAUAUACAACUUACAUAACACUUAUAAAGUGAUCCUCAAACUUCAUUUUCAUGUAAUCUCAAUUUUACUCAGGCCCCAGCAGGUAUUUCUCACCAGUGUCCUGUAACCUUGUUCUCCAUUCUUAAUCUGCCUCAGCCUUUAUCUCUCUCUAGUGUGUUUACAUCACAUUCAAACCUCCUACAGCUUUCUACUGUUUCAAAAGCUAUUGCCUCUGUGCCUUUCUAAUCUCUCAUGAGGUCUUUGCUUUCUCUCUUCCUCUCCCUGCCCCCACCCAUCUCUCUGCUUAGACUACGCUUUGGCAUUCCUCAAAACUCAACUUCCUUUAUGUCUUCCGAUUCAGCACUUCUUGAUUGAGUUCACCUCACACCAAGAUCUUUCCUCAUUCUGUUCUGCCUGAGCACUUAACUUUCAGGUUUGUAAUGUAAUCCAUGCACUUACUAAUACCUUGCUCUGUAAUCAUUUUCUAGCAGUCUGUAUAGUAGUUUAACAUUUUAUUUAUUUCUAAAAUUAAAUUGUAAGCUCCUUGAGGGCAGGGAUGAUAACUGUAACAUUUGUAUCGCUGCACUCUCUUAGUGCCUAGUACAGUGCUGAGCACACAGUAGGUGUUUAAUAAAUGCUUGUUG